UUGGUCUAUUCAAUAUUUGACAUCUAUUAUACAUCACCCAUAGUAACUAACGUACCAGCGCAUGAGAUUACAGCGCAGCAAGCACCAGCUAAACGACUAGUCGUGAUUACUGCAGUAAUAGCAAGAAAAUUGUUUGUUGUUAUAGACGGGUUACGCUUGGAUACUUUUUCUCGAAAUCCGGACAAAUCACCUUUCUUGCACUCCAUAAUCAGGGGACGCAAGUUGUUUUUUCGAAGUUUAAGGCUAGCAGUGGCUGAAGAAUUUCGUGGGAUUUUUUUGCUCAGUGUAGAAAAAAUCAUGGGGGAAUAUCUGGUACAUCUCGAACUCAUGUACCGACUGAGUCGCGACCUGGCCAUGUCAAGGGAAUCAUGGAUGUGGGGAAGUCCAGACAUAGUAAAACUUUUUGACAACUCCCCAAAUGCUCACUCCUUCAUGUACGAUGAAAAUGAUGAAGAUUUUGGUUCUAAUGAGGCCUAUAAGCUGGACGAAUGGGUUUUUGAUCAUGUGGAGGCGUUUUUCAACAAAGCGAAGAACGACUCUAACUUAUGGAAAAGUCUCUCAACGGAUAGAAAUGUAUUUUUCCUGCAUCUGCUUGGAUUAGACACAAAUGGUCAUGGGAACAAACCACAUUCUAAAGAAUAUAUUGAGAAUAUUGCAGUCGUGGAUCGCGGCAUAGAACGCACACAACGUGUAAUCAAUGACUAUUUCAAUGAUCAAGCCACAGCUAAACAAAAAAGAAGCACCGGUCAACUUCGCGAUAUGGAACAGUUCAUGGCACUGAGGGCAGAAAAAGCAAAACGUUUGUGGUUCUCAGAUUCUGAUCAUUUUGGGCUACGAGCACUCGAAGCUCUUGAGACCGAAAUCGUGAAAUUGGCAAGAUUACGGAGAUUUACUGCGGCUUCGUCUUUGUUUGUUGAGAAUGCUGGAUUGAUAAAGAAGGCCAUACUCCAUUAUCAUCGUUACGAUCGCACUUUUCUUGGUGCAGCUGUUAGUUGUUGUUUCAUGGCCUGGAUAACAUUAGUAUGGUGUUACUUGACAAGAGAUCGUUCAGUACCAUUGCUGACAAAGAAAACUCUUGUUCCUAACAAGAUUUUUCUUGGAUUGCUCAUGUUCAUUCUGUUAUUUUGUUUGUAUUGUAAACUGCCUUUUACUAACUUUGUUUAUUUGCUGUUGCCGGUGUACCUGUUUUCUGUGAUUGAAAAUUCGCUGAAUAUUAGCGAGAAGGCGCUGGAGCUCCUCAAAGACUGCAUAGCUAACUACGCAACUAUUUGCCCACAGUCUUCUUUCUUGGAAUUCACUGCGAAUUUAAGCUUGCUCCUUUUUGUAUUCGUCAUCACUUUUAUUGACCGCCGGUUUCUUGCCGCAAUAUUUAUUUUGCUGAUGUUCUUGCCAGGCUUUUAUGAAUCAAAAGUAGUCAGUGAAUGCGGAAAGGCGCUGGAGCUCCUCAAAGACUGCAUAGCUAACUACGCAACUGUGUCAUUUUCUUUUCUGCUGAAUCCAUUCCUUGGAAUUUUAGGGUCAAUUACCCUUGUGGGCGUAGGUUUACAGAUUAUUGCUGCGGUUAUCAUUGAUAUUUUCACUGAGUUUGUCGACAGCUUGCUCCUUUUUGUAUUCGUCAUCACUUUCAUUGACCGUCGGUUUCUUGCCGCGAUAUUUAUUUUGCUGAUGUUCUUGCCAGGCUUUUAUGAUUCAGAAAUAGUCAGUGAAUGGUGGGUGUCACGUCAAAAACAUGGCGUUUAUGUUGCGCACUUCUUCUUCCUUUUCCAUUCUUUCCUAAUGUUUGAGCUGCAUAUAUUGUGCAUUCUAGCACCUGCGAUCUUAGCAGCAUCACUGCAUUGUCUCACUAGACAUCCACUACUAGUGAAGAAAAGAGGAGAUCUAUGCAAGCUAUCGGGCUUGUUGUUUGUUACGGCUGGGCUCAUACUAAUAUCAAGCUAUGCAUUCCAAAAGAAAGUGAAGAGACAUACCGCCUGCACUGCUGAGAUUGAUAUCGUGGUGCUCAUUGCCUGUUUCUCUGGUAAUCCCGCUAUUUGCUCCAUCUACGAUAGUCGACAAGAGCGUUUGGCACAUAAGCUCGCUAUUCGUACCCUUUUCUCUCCUAUCCAUCGCGUACGAAUCGGUUUUUACGCUUUUAUUUCUGCCGCUGCUUUUCGUGUUCCUACGUUUCGAGUUCAGUCACUUGUCAGAUGCUCACUAUUCGUACCUUUUUCUCUCCUAUCCAUAGCGUACGAAUCGAUUUUUACGCUUUUGUUUCUGCCGCUGCUUUUCGUGUUCCUACGCUUCGAUCACUUGUCAGAUGUUGAGUUUUUACAUCUCAGAGCAGACUACUCGGUAGAUUCGAGUAAGUGCAACUCAGAACUUCAUACAAGUCAUUUAUUUGUGUAUUUGCGCAUCGAGAUCAGCUCGAGUGACAGGGGCAGAACUGAGAAGAGCCGUGUUUGCGCAUCGAGAUCAGCGCGAGUGACAGGGGCAGAACUGAGAAGAGCCGUGGUUUGCGUAUGCUUUGUAUUAGCAUCAAUUUUUGGAACUGGCAACUUUGCGUCGUUAAAUUCUUUCAAUCCAUCAACUCUUAGUAGAUUUAUAUCAGUGUUCAGUGGUUACAAAAAAACAGAAAACAUUGAAAAAUCACAAAUCAUUCUUAGCCCUUUUACUAUGGCAACCCUUUUGGUGCUAAAACUACUCUUACCACUCUUGAUGGUUUCGCUGCUAUUCGCUGCAGUUCUUCGAUUCAAUAAAGAAGCUAUUCAACGGUUGUCAUGCUUGGUGCUUAUCAUGACGGAUCUCAUGGCUAUGUGUUUUUUCCACCAGCUCAAAGAUGAUGGCAGUUGGUUAGACAUCGGCUUGAGUAUAUCACAGUAUCUUAUUUCAAUGUGCUUGUCUGUUGGUGUACUGCUGUUACUGCUUUGUGCUAGUCACUUGAUGACGACUUCAUUAUCUUGGCAUAGCAUAGAGCAAAUUAAAACUGGAUUAGCAAUGAAUGGCAAAGAUAACGAGUGCUUGCUUUAAUU